AUGUUAGUCAUUGUGCGCCGACCCAGCCGCCCUGAUCAGAUCCCCGCUUACCAGCAUCAAGACAGAGAUCUGAUCUCAGAGCUGCAGGGCGUGUGGUUCGGAUUGCUCCUACGCGAAAGCCUGGCCGGAAACAGCUGGCACGUGGCGUCUGAGCAGGACGUGAGUGAUCCAAAUCUCCGUCUCCCGAGCUCCAUGGAUGUGCUCCUGCAGGGUGGUAUCGAUGUACUAUUCUUCGUACUGGGUUGCGCUCUCUUUGUUUUCGAAGGCGAACGGUUCUUCCGGAACCAGUACGAGGCUGAUGGGGCAUCACGUGCCGGGCACGAUCCAGACCUUUCCGGCUUCCUUUUCGUGCUCGUCUUCCCCUUGCUCUUUGGAUCUGUGGCAGUCAUGCGGAUUUUCCUGGCCACAGCUCGGUGUCAGUUGUACUACGCAGCGCUUCGCGACGGCAUCCUGCUGAAAUUCCAGCAUAAAACAUCUUAUUUCGAGCCAAUGCUGCUGUGGGUCUACCUGGGGUUGGCAAUCUGCAUCGGCAAAGCCUUGCAGAUCAUGCUGAUGGGAAGGUACUCCAGCGAUGGGCUGAAAGCACUGUUGGUGCUGAUGUCUCCGUUGUACUACAUGACGUCCUCCAUUUUCGACAUCCUCUACACAGAGUUUGCUGUGUGCAAUCAACAUUGCACAGUUGCAUUGAAGGUUAUUUCAGAGGAGCCUAUUCAGAUCGGAAGCGACAUGGUGUGCAUGUCCGAUAGUACAUUCUGCGGCCUGGCGCGUCGCCGUGAAAAGAUCACUCGUGAAAGUCGCCAUUCUGCUGAAGGUGAGGCAUCUGAUGGUUUCUGGGCGUUGGAUCUCGCCUGGCUUGGCCGCCUGUUAGGCCAGCGUGCGUCAGGUGCCAAGAAGCUGUUGCUGCUGCUCUUCGACCCGAUGCAAGCCCUGACAUUUCUUUGUUUGGCUCUGCUCACCUGCUGGGUGGGAUUGAAGAUCCUGCUUCACGAACCACGGCUGACAAAUUUGCAGGUCAUAGGAGGAGCGAUUUCGAGCCCGUUUGCAGGGCACGUGAGAGACUACAAUAUCUUGGUUGACCGAGUGCAGACGAUGGUUUCUGUCUCAGCGCAGGCAAACCCGAAAGACGUCACCGAGCUGACCAUGAGAGACUCCUCGGAGUCGGAUGUGCAGUGGACCUGGGGUGGCAGCAUCGCGAAGGCGGUCACUUUAGACAAGGACCAUUAUCCCUAUAAUCUCCAGAUCGACGUUUGGGAUACAACUGCACACAACUCCUAUGCGGUGCAGAUCCUGAAGUCAGGCUUUCUGCCGGAGUCUGUGACUGUGACUGGCAGAACUUCCUCUGGGAAAACUUUUCACCGAUGCGUUCCCUGGGGAUUUCUGUGGUUGCGUCCCUGGAUCAACAUUCCGAGCGAAGUUCGUUCCGUGGAGAUGAGUAUAUCGAUGGCGCAUUUCGUGAUGGGCAUACCAGAGAACUCCCGGCGUGCUGGCCGCUUCACCACCCAUUUCUAUCCCAACCUGACUGAGCAGGAGUGUGACAAGCAGCACUCCUUGAUGCCGUGGUGCGCUGUCGCUCAAGCCACGGAUAACGGCUGCUUCGUGGUUCAGCAGCCCCUUUGGGACAACUGUGGCCAAGCUGGCCAGGAGGAGGCUCGCCACUUCCUCCGCGUCCGAUCCUCCACGCUUUCCGCCGAGCUUUGCUCCGACCAGGAACAUCAGUGCCGCAUUGUUGAAGCUGCCGAAGACCCUGUGUUGAGCUUCGACAACAUCUCGAUUGCUAAAACUACGGACGAUGCAGAGGAGUACUCAGUGAAGCUCUCUGUCAAGAAGGGCAGCAGCGUCCUGCCCAUCGUGGAUGCGACCAACUUCUACCGCGUCGUGGAUCUUCGCCUGAUUCCGGGUCCUCCUCGUGCGUCAGGACUGCUACACUUCCACCUGUCAGCGCAAAACGUGACGACGUCUGGGGUCCAGUAUUCGUCACAUGGGCACCGAUGGAUGGCGACAAUAUGGGACAGCGCUGCUUUCAAGACCGAGCAAACAAUGAAGAUCACCGCUGUUUCCUUCGACGUCGACUGUGUGCUCGAGAGCUUUCAGGUGUUCGCACCGGAAGGCGUUGUGCCGCUGAAGGUCGUUCAGCCCGACUCCAUCGUGUGCCGUGAUACGCCGAUGGCAGAGGGGUGUGCUGAUGGCAACGGCUUCCUGCCAACUCGGGCCUUCGAGAUCGACCUGAAUCUCGUGCGCAAUCUCAUUGUCUUCAAGGGUGUCUACACUGACAGCGUGCUCCACUUUUCAGGUGUGAAGCGUUGUCGCGCUUUCGAGGGCUUCUACGGCGAAUACGAGACUGUACAGAUGAACUUUGAGCACGUGACGCAGACUCAUAUGGAUCUCCUUGUCCACGCCUCCGACGGCUCGAUAGAAACCACUGGCCACCAAUGCGAGAAUGUGGGCCAACACAGCUUGCGUUGUGCUGUGCACGUCGAGGGACGUGGACUGGGCAAUGCGAACUUGAUGAGAAGAGUGAAUCUGACCACGAUCUUCGCCGAGCCGAACUGCUCCGUUCGGUGGACUGCGGCGUGGGAUGCAGCAUAUCCGGACCUGGAGGGCCUCGUGGACUCCGCGUUCCCAGUGGUCCCCAUCGACCCGGCUGACUGCAGCCAGUACGAUCUCCUGGCCGGCACUACGGCUUGCGGUGGUUGGCGGCCGUCUGCAACCACCAGCCUGGACCUGGCUCCUGCAAAUGGCGCGAUUGAAGAGGCUCCGGAUGUCAGUCUCACAACGGUGCAGGGCUACGUUCAAUGCCAUACCUUCAUCGAUGCCAUGUUGCAGGUCAACAUUGCAGCUACCGGUGGCCCUCCUCUGCCUCCUCCUCCUCCGACAUGA